AUGACAGAUAAUAAUUUUCUGUCACCCAAUAUUAUCACUGCUUCAGGCUCAGGCUCAGGGAGUGCAACUUCAUUAUCAUCCACUGCCACUGUCAAUAGUGGUGAUGCAACGAAUGAUAUUAAAAAUAAACUUUCCGCUGAAGAUGAAAUUGCGUUGCAUUCUAAGGGAGGAAUUCGAUUGAUUUUUAGACAAUUAUGGAUAAUGUUAAAAAAAAAUUUCAUAUUACAAUUAAGAUAUCGUAAAUCAACACUUGCCCAAAUUCUCAUUGGACCUUUAAUCUUUCUAUUACUACUUUUUAUCUUACAAAAAUCCAAUGAUUCUCAACUAAAAAGGUCAAAUUUGCAUCCAUUAACUUAUCCUCUUAUCGGUGUUCAACCUUGUCAGGGACGCACGAGAUCUGAACCUUAUCUUGGGUUUUUACCGGACAAAAAAUUUGGUAUCAUCCCCGUAGCGAAUGAAACUAUCAUUUAUAAUUAUACUUUAUUACAUCCCAAUACAACAUUAUUUGCUAUCCAUUUCGAUUUUAUAACAACUACACCAAAGAAUUAUAGAUAUCAAAUUUGGUAUAAUGGUACUCUCAUGGCGAAUGAUACUGAUAUAAUGGGGGAUCAAGUUUUAUCUUGUCAACGUGGAAUUGAUGAAGCAAUAGUUUCUCUUGAUUCAGGUCUUAAUAAAGAUAGUUCAAAUCUUGCAACAUUUGACGUUCAACUCAAAGAUUGGCCUAAAGUUCCACCAACUCGACUUAAUGAUCAAAUCGUUUCUUCAUUUGGUGCUUUAUUCUUUUUUUGUGCGGAAAUGAUUAUUUUCAUUAAUGUUUUAAAUACUAUCGUAACUGAAAAAGAAUAUAAAUUAAAAGAUAGUUUAUUAAUGAUGGGUUUGAAUAGAGAAAUAUAUUGGAUUUCAAAUUUUCUUUCAAAUGCUUGGAUUGUAGCUAUUUGUUCUUUGGUGAUUUGUGUAUUUGGUCUCGCUUUUCAAUUCUUCGUAUUUAAGAAUGCCAACUUUGGUGUUUUAUAUAUUACCUUUCUUCUUUUUGGUCUUUCCAUGGUAUCAUUUGCCUUUUUCAUCACAACUUUUUGUCAUCGUGCACGAGUUGCCAUAUUAGUUGGUAUCUUUGUUUUUAUCAUUGGUCUUUUAUUUCAAUUCUUUGUAUUCAGUGAUACAUUUUUAGGUUACAUUUGGUGGAGUGAUAAAAUUAGUUCAGCAGGUUGGAAAGUUUUAAUAUUUUUUCCAUUCUUUAAUUUUGGAAAAAUUUAUUUGGAUAUAUCACAAAUGACUGCUGGUACCCUUGAUUAUUUUACUUUAACGGUAAUUCCUGGACAUGGUUUUUCAUGGAAUGAUCUUUAUUAUCAAAUUUCUUAUGAUUUAUUACCUCCUUUGGAUCCAGAAGGUACUAGACCUAAUACACCACCUCCAAUUCAAAGUUGGUAUUUCUUUUUAAUGAAUAUUGGAAUUUAUUCAGUACUUACAUGGUAUUUAGAUAAAGUUAUACCGAAUGAAUUUGGAAAUUAUUAUAAUCCACUUUUCUUUUUAACUCCAAGUUAUUAUGGAAUUAAAUUUAAUCGAAAAUUAAAUCAACAAAAUUGGUUAAAUAAAAAUAAAAAAUUUGGUCUUAAUGAAAAUUUUGAAGGUGAAGAUGAAAAAGUUUCAAAAGAACGAGAAAAAGCUUUUGAUCCUAAUCAAAAUUCAGUAAUUCGAAUUUGUAAUUUAUCAAAAGUUUAUCAAAAUUCAAUUUUUAUUAAAAGUUUACUUGACAAAGUGGCGGUUAAUAAUUUAUGUUUAACAGUUAAAGAAGGGAAAUGUUUAGCAUUAUUAGGACAAAAUGGGGCGGGUAAAAGUACGACGAUGAAUAUUCUUUCAGGAUUAACUCCAUCAAGUAAAGGAGAUGCAUUAUUAUAUGGAUAUUCCGUGAAAAGUGAUAUGAAUUCAAUUCGAAAAAUUAUGGGAAUAUGUCCUCAACAUGAUAUUCUUUUUAAUGAAUUAACAGCAAGAGAACAUAUAGAACUUUAUGCGGGUAUUAAAAAUAUUCCACAUUCAGAGGUAGAUAAAUUAGUUAAAGAACGUUUGGAUUCAGUGAGAUUAACUAAAGUAGCGAAUGUACCAGCUGGAUCAUAUAGUGGGGGUAUGAAACGACGUCUUAGUAUGGUAAUUUCUACUAUCGGAGAUCCUCGAAUUAUAUUUUUGGAUGAACCAACUACUGGUAUGGAUCCCGUGAAUAGACGUCAUGUGUGGAGUUUUAUUGAGAAUUUUAAACAAGGUCGAGUUAUUAUUUUAACCACUCAUUCGAUGGAAGAAGCAGAUGUAUUGGGAGAUCGAAUUUGCGUGAUGGCACAUGGAAGAUUAAGAGCUAUAGGAAAUUCAAUUCAUCUUAAAAAUAAAUUUGGUGCUGGAUAUCGAAUAUCACUUGUCACACAUCCUAACGAUGCAACAAGACUUAAAAAUCUAAUAGAAACCAAAGUACCCGGAAUAAUAUUAGAAGAUGAUUCAGCAGGAUCUUUAAUUUAUGAAUUACCGAUUAAUGGAUUAGCUUCUUUACCACCAUUAAUUCAAUGGUUAGAAGAGAAUAAAGAAAUGAGUCAAGUUGACCCAGAAAAAAAAUUAUUAAAAGCUUGGGGUGUUAGUCAAAAGAGUUUAGAAGAAGCAUUCUUGAGAUUAAUUCGAGAAGCAAAUCCAAAUGGAUACAAUGGUUACGAAAAUACUGAAAUUAAUGAAAAUGAUGAAAAUUCUGGGUUAAGGCGACAAAGAGAAGGAUUAAAGACUCUAACUGAAUCCUUAAAAAUAAAAAUAAGACAACUUCAACAACAAGUAGUUGAAAAUGAAAAUUCAAAAAAAGAAAAUAUUGCAUUCAAAUCUCAAAAAGAAUUAUUAGAAGAACAAAUUGAAAAAUUGCAAAAUAAAUCCCGAGAAUAUGAAAAAACCGUUCAACAACUUCAUAAUGAAUUACAAAGUCUCACUCAACAAAAUUCCCAAGUUUCUCAAGAUAAAAUUGAAUUAGAAAAUAAAAAUCAUUCACUUGGGUCAGAAAUACAAAAAUUAAAAACCAAACUUGUUGAAUCUGACAAAGAAAUCAAUGAUUUAAAAUCCGAAGUAAAAAGGUUAUCCGAUCGUAUUAAUACUUCUGAACGGAAUCGAAUAAAUAUUAAGAAUUUACAAGAAAAUUUAGAUCUUGAAUGUAAAAGGUUACAAAGUGAAAAUGCCGAAAAAGAAGUUGAGAUUGAAAAUUUACAAUUAGAAAUUAAAAGGUUAAAAGAUAAAUGCGUUACGAUGUAUCAUGAAUCCGAUGAAGCAGCAAAAUCUCAAGAAACACUUAAAGGCGAAAUAAAAAAAUUACAACUUGUUAUAGUUGAACAGGAUCGUGUUAUGAGAGAGAAAAAUCAACCAGGUACUACUUUUUGUGGACAUUGUGAUAAUUAUGAUAUAUGCGAUAAAUGCGAAAGUUCCAAUCAUAAUAGGACUCACGUUUUCAUCAAGAUUAAACGUCCAAUUGAUAACGAUAGAUUUAUUCGAACUGCAUUGUUACCGGAAUUUAAAUUAAUUGAAAAAGAUGGAAAUGAUAUCGAUCAUCAAAUUAUUUGUAGUGUUUGUAAUAAAAACAUUAAAGGUAUUCGACAUAAAUGCGGUCAUUGUGUCGGAUUCGAGUUAUGUGUAAAUUGUGAAGCAUAUCCAUUUAAUCUUCACGAUCCUUCUCACGUUUUCUUGAAAAUCAAAAGACCAGUACAUAUUGAUUCUAAUGAACCAAUACUUCCUCCGGAUUUUCGUCCUCUUAUUAAAUCAAAACAUUAA